AUGGUUGGUAAACGUUCGUUGAAAAGUGAUGAAAUUCGCACCUAUAUCAAAGCUCGCAAUGAACUUAAAAUUGAACCAAAAUCUAUCUUUAAUGAAAUAUGCCAAGUUUAUGGGGAUAAUGAAGUAUCGUAUAGGCUGGUUAGAAACUGGAUUGCGAAAUUUAAUAGUGGAUUAGACUCUAUUCAAGAUGCAUCUAGAUCUGGCAGGAGACGCACAGCAGUGACCCCGAAAAACAUCUCGAAGAUUAGUAAUAUUUUGAAGUCAGAUGCCAGAUAUACGUCUCCCGAGAUAGCUCAGAUGACUGGUAUUUCAGAAGCAUCUGCUCGUAGGAUUUUAAAGAAGAACCUUGGACUUUCACGCAAAGUUGCUCGAUGGAUACCCCAUAUUCUUACCAAGGACCAAUUGACACAACGUGUUAAGAUGGCCAAAAAACUAUUGAAGUUAUACCCUAAAUUUGAGCGAAAGCAUUUUGUGAACAUAGAUACUGGUGACGAAACGUGGGUUCAUUUUUUUGAACCACACAGGAAUAUAGAUAAUAAGAUAUGGGCCACACGACACGCUCGUAGACCAGUAAUUGCUAAAAGAACGAUUAGUGUUAAGAAAGUAAUGUUGGCUGUAUUUUUCGACAUCAAUGGUCCUAUUAUUCAAGUCUCUGUACCUAAGGGGCGCACAGUAACAGGAACAUUAUACAAACGAAAAAUCUGA